CAGCUGCACCUCCUUCAUUGUCGGAGUGAACCAACGGGAGACGCUCCUCGGCUCGGUUCUGCGUAAUAAUCCCGUCUCCCCGCGGCAGCUCGCUCAGUCGUCCGCCAUGGCGACCGCAGGAAGCCCGGUCCUGUCCGCCGAGAGCCGCGUCUGAAACUCAGCAGGGUUUCUUUCAUUACCUCUCUGACGCCUGGACGUGGAUGUAAAAAGAAAGAAAGAAAGAAUCUCCAUUCAACACUUUGCUGUGGAUAAGUCCGCAUUUUACUGGAGCGCAGCAGCAGAGGGCGCGRGCUCGGCAGUGAACGGUGCAGCGAACCAUGGCAGAGCCAGACCAAGAGCCAACGUCCUCCGGAGCGGGCCAGCGGCUCGGAGCCCCGGAGACCCUUGGCAUCAGCACGUUGGACCCCACGCACCGGCCUCCAGCCAUGCCGUCCGGACGGCACGUCACCGUAAGGGUCCGCAUGCUGGACGACACCGAGGAGCUUUUUGACGUCUCGCAAAAAGCCUCAGGCAAGGUGCUAUUUGACUUGGUGUGCUCCCACAUGAAUCUUAUUGAAGGUGAUUACUUCGGCUUGGAGUUUCAAAACCAUCAAAAGAUGAUGGUGUGGUUGGACCACAUCAAACCACUUAUCAAGCAGCUCAAACGACCAAAACACACAAUCCUGAGGUUCAGUGUGAAGUUUUUUCCCCCAGACCACGCUCAGCUGCUGGAGGAGCUGACGAGAUACCUGUUUGCCCUCCAGAUAAGACAGGAUCUUUCCUGUGCACGCCUCACCUGCAACGACACCAGCGCAGCCCUGAUGGUUUCCCACAUCAUUCAGUCCGAGAUCGGAGAUUUUGAGGAGAGCCACUGCCGGUCCCAUCUCCUCAACAACAACUACAUUCCAGACCAGAUGCCCCUGAUUGACAAGAUCAUGGAGUUUCACUCGAAGCAUAUAGGUCAGUCACCAGCAGAAUCAGAUUUUCAGUUACUAGAAGUGGCUCGGAAGCUGGAGAUGUACGGGAUUCGGCUCCACCCUGCCAAGGAUCGUGAAGGCACGAGUUUAAGUCUGGCYGUGGCUCACACAGGGGUCCUGGUCCUACAGGGACAUACAAGGAUCAAUGCCUUCAACUGGUGUAAAAUUCGCAAACUGAGCUUUAAGAGGAAACGUUUCCUCAUCAAGCUGAGGCCGGAUGUAAAUAGCUCAUAUCAGGACACUUUAGAGUUUCUGAUGGCCAACAGGGACUGCUGUAAAGUCUUCUGGAAGAUCUGUGUUGAGCAUCACGCCUUCUUCCGCCUUUUUGAAGAACCUAAACCCAAACCCAAACCAGUGCUGUUCACACGAGGCUCCUCCUUCAGAUUUAGCGGUCGCACUCAGAAGCAGGUGAUUGAUUACGUGAGGGAGUCCGAGUUCAAGAAGAUCCCGUUUGAAAGGAAACACAGUCGGGUCCAGUACAACACUCGAGUUCAGCACAACAGUCGCCUGUCGCCGUUGCCUUCUCCACACCACCAUGAAGUGCCAACAGAAAGUGGUGCUCCCGGGGACAGACUCAACUCUCCUCCUCGCCGUCAUUGGAAGGAGUCRGUGCUGGUGAGUGCAGAAGGCCCGUCUGCUUCGCGGACAUCGAGGACGAGCCCUUCCCACCAGAGAAACGGUCACGAGGACAGAAAAGGAUCCAUGUCCAAUACAGAGGAGACGAGAGGCUCAACCCGACAGACUCACCAAGAUCACCUGAGCCAAGAUGUUGAGUCCAACAGUCCUCGCCUGUCUGGCUCCUCCGGACACCCCCACGGGAUGGUGAAYGGUCAGAAGUCCCUGGACCUGUGCAGCCAAGGCUUCGAUGGCCGACAGCCUUCCCCGCUCACCAGCCCGCUGCUCAACGACGCCUGCAGUGUUCGCACCGAUGAUGAAGAUGAGGUCCGGAGGAAGAGGUUUCCCACAGACCGAGCCUACUUCAUCGCCAAAGAGUUGCUGACCACAGAGAGGACGUAUGUGAAGGAYCUGGAGGUGGUGACUGUGUCUUUCCAGAGGGUUGUGGGACAAGACGAAGCGACUCCGGACUCUCUGAAGGACGCGGUCCUCUCCACCUUUGAGCCGCUGCACAUGUUCCACACGGGUUUCCUCAGGGAGGUGGAGCAGAGGCUGGCCCUGUGGGAGGGACGCUCUAACGCACACAUUAAAGGAGACUACCAGCGUAUCGGGGACGUCAUGCUGAAGAACCUCCAAGCCUUGAAGCCUCUGACAGCCAACCUGCACAAGCAGUCCGACAUCCUGCUGGAGCUGGAAAAGGCCUGCAUGGCGUCCUGCAGGUUGGAGAGUCUGUGCAGAGACUUCGAGCUGCAGAAGGUCUGCUACGUCCCCCUGAACGUCUUCAUCCUGCGGCCCCUUCACCGCCUCGUCCACUACAAGCUGAUCCUGGAGCGCCUGUGCAAACACUACCCGGCCACCCACGUGGACUUCAGGGACUGCAGAGCUGCUCUGGCAGAUGUGACCGAGGUGGUGGAUCAGCUCCAGGGGAGUCUGGUGAAAAUGGAGAACUUCCAGAAACUUCUGGAGCUGAAGAAGGAUUUGCUCGGUGUUGACAAUCUCGUUGUUCCUGGUCGCGAGUUCAUCAGGUUAGGCUGCCUUAACAAAUUAUCUGGAAAAGGCCUUCAGCAACGAAUGUUUUUCCUGUUCAAUGACGUCAUUUUGUACUCGAGUCGAGGGAUGACGCCGACCAAUCAGUUCAAAGUGCACGGGCAGCUGCCGCUCUGUGGGAUGACAAUCAGAGAGAGUGAGGAUGAGUGGGGUGUUCCUCACGCCUUCACACUGGUUGGACAGGGCCAGUCGGUGGUGGUUGCAGCCAGUUCUUUAUCAGAGAUGGAGAAAUGGAUGGAAGACAUCAAGAUGGGCAUAGAAAUGGCAAAAACCAGCAACGGGCCUUCGUCUGAGCUGCUGACCAGCAACCUGACAGACAGCAAAUGCUCAGAAGACUCCUCGGCCGAGGCAGAGUCCGAGGACGACACGCYGCCUCCGAACGCCUUGCCGGAGAAGCCCUCCCCUCCCCGUGGUAACACCAUGGUGCACGUGUGCUGGCACAGGAACACCAGCGUGUCCAUGGUGGACUUUAGCAUAGCUGUGGAGGAUGAUUAUCCAUUAGCCAGCCUCCCUCUGCUGGGUUACUCCGUCACGAUCCCCUCCGAGAAGGAAAACAUCCACAAGGACUACGUCUUCAAACUGCAUUUCAAGUCCCACGUGUACUACUUCAGAUCGGAGAGCGAAUACUCGUUUGAAAGGUGGAUGGAGGUCAUCCGCAGCGCUACGCUCCCCUCGAGUCAUUCCCGUGUCCUGAACAGCAAAGACCCUCACUGAGUUGUCACUUUUUUCAUUACAUCUCCUUAUGGGUGGAAUCUGCCCGUCCCCAUCUUCUUCCCUCAGACUUCCUUUUUUUUUCUACUCACAUCUGGGACAUUUGUCCAUGUGUCUGUGCACAGUUGGUGCUUUUUUUAAUGCUUUAAUGGUGACACGUCCGCUGGUUUAGACUGCAUCAGAAACUCGCAUUUUUACUCUCAACUCAGAAACCUCUUUUUACGGAUGUUAUUUUAUACAGUUUUCUAACAACCUGGACCACUUCCUGUCUGUCUUUGUCUGCUUUUACAUUUUGUCACUGGCUGUCUUUACAGCAGGAACGCGCUGAUAUAGAUCCUUUCUUAGACACGUAAAUUCUCACUUUUUUUUGUUGUUGUUUUGGUUUUACUGAACUUUAUUAAUUUAACAGAAAACAGCUAAAAACAAAUACAUCCAGCAACUUUGGUGCCAAAUCAGUUUAUAGCAUUGUUUGGGAUUUUUUAAGGUUAUUUUUGUUACAACGGGGAGUGGGAUGAUUAGAUUUUAAAUUACCGUAAACAGACCCCCCCACUUACCUGUAAAAACUUGGUUCAUGACUGGUUCUGCACAAAAUGAUCUUGUAAAAAGUUUAAAAAAAGAAAACAUGAAAAUAUUUUACUACCAGAGGUAGCUGCCAUCACUAAUGCUGUUUUAAGAAAGUAAAACUAUUUGCUAUCACUGUUUAAUAAACACUCGUUUUUUUAAAUCAGAUGUCACCAUUCUGCUGUAUGAGACAUGAUUAUGAAGGAAUGCAUAACUGAAAGCUUUAAAGAUUGUKUGUGAAUUAAAAUGGAAACUUUCAGUUCCAAACAUGGUUUCACCUCACUGAACUAAGCUGCCACUUGUUUUUUUAUGGGUCUGAAUGAACGGAAAUGAGCUUUUGACAGUUUUGCAGUGAAGUUAUUAUGAGAAAGGAAAACCUCAGCUCUGCUUGGAAUAGCAGUGUUUUUUUUUUCUAGAUAACGAGAAAGCUUUUUUGGAAAUGAAAGCAAUAAAAAAAACUUUAUUCAAAUUCAA